AUGUCUUUUGAUUAUUCUCAGGAAGUUACUAAAGAUUAUGAAAAAUUACUUGAAUCGGAUGAAGAAUAUAAUGUUAUUAUCUAUGCCGGUGAAGGUGAAGAAGUAAAAGAAAUACAUGCACAUUCAAAUAUUUUACGUAUCAGGUCUCAAUAUUUUCGAACGGCAUUUUCUAAUGAAUCGACCAAGAAGAAAGAUGGAAAAUUUAUUUUUAAUUUCCCUAAUAUUUCUCCUCAAUUUUUUAAAAUUAUUCUAAGGUUUAUUUAUUGUGGAAAGAUUAAUUUGGAGAACUUAAAAGGACCUGAUAUUCUAAAGCUUUUGAUAGCAGUAGAUGAAUUUAAAAUACAAUCAUUAAUCCUUUGUAUUCAAGAAUAUUUGACCAAACAUCAACAUCAAUUUUUACAACAAAAUCCUAUGGAAAUUCUUGAAACAGUCUAUCAACACGAAGUCUUCACUGAAUUAUGGAAUUAUUGUCUUGAAGAAAUUUGUGCUAAACCAGAUACAUUAUUUAAAUCUGAUAAAUUUAUCAAUUUAAAAGCACCUUUAUUAGAAUUACUUUUAAAACGAGAUGAUUUGUCAUUGGAUGAAAUUGUUAUUUGGGAUAACUUAAUCAAAUGGUGUUUUUCUCAACAUCCUUCUAUUCAGAAAGAUGUUAAGAAAUGGAAUAAAGAAGAAAUUGUAAUUAUGGAGAGAACUAUUCAUAGAUUUAUUCCAUUGAUAAGAUUUUAUCAUAUUCCUUCUGCUGACUUUAUUGCUAAAGUAUAUCCUUUUAAAAAAGUAAUGCCAGAGGAUUUAAUUGAUAAUAUACUUGUUUUUCAUAUGACUCCAGAUAAUCAAUUAAUUGAUAUACAACCCCCUAGGAAACCAAAAUGUAUUUAUGAUACUAUUAUCGUAAAUGACAAACAUUUUGCUAUUUUUUCUAGUUGGAUUGAAAAGAAAAAUCAUUUUUAUUAUAAUGAAAAAAAUAUUCCUUAUAAUUUUAAUUUACUUUAUCGUGCUAGUAGGGAUGGUAAUACACCUGCAGCAUUUCAUACUAAAUGUGAUAAUAAAGGUGCUACAAUUGUUCUAGUAAAAAUCACAAAUUCAGAACAAAUAGUUGGAGGAUAUAAUCCAUUUUAUUGGAAUUCGGUUGGUGGAUGGAACACUACUUAUGAUAGCUUUUUAUUCUCAUUUACAGAUACAAAUAACCUUCUAAGUGCGAAAGUAAGUUAUAGUAAUGGCAAUCAAUAUUCUGUGUAUAAUUCAACUUACGGUCCAGCAUUUGGCGGUGGUCAUGAUUUAUAUUUUAAUAAUAAUAAUGAGUGGUAUAGCAGUACAAUUACAAAUUUUUCUGACUCUUCUUAUCCUGAAAUUGGUAUACCAGCAAAAUUUAAAGCUGAUGACUUUGAAGUUUUUCAAAUUGUUAAAAAAUAA